AUGGAUAAGUCUUUCCUGCUAGGACCCCUCAUCCUGUUCUGCUGCUUCAGAGUACCAUCUGGGUCACUUGAAGAAAGACAAGCUGGCACAGGCCAUGAAAUAGCUUUUAAUGAAGAUAAUGCUGGUAAGAAAAUUGUUCAAUGUAGGAUGUGCCAUCUACAAUUCCCUGGAGAAAAGUGUUCUAGAGGAAGAGGGAGAUGCAUGGCAACAUCAGAAGAGGCCUGCACAGUUGGGCAGAUUUUCCAAAAGGAUGGUAACCCUUGGCUAACUUUCAUGGGCUGCUUAAAGAACUGUGCUAAUGUGGAAAACAUAAGUUGGAGCUCCUAUCUGGUGAACUUCAGAUGCUGCCGAGGCUAUGACCUGUGCAAUGAAAACCUUUAGAAGUCGCUAGUCCUUCUGCAGCUCUAACAGCUGACAUUGUUAUGUCAGCCUCUCCACAAUGAUUUCCUUAAAAAGCCACCCUGCAGAGCACUGCAAACACAUGCCUCACCUUCUGCUUGUGAAAGAAUAAGCUCCUCUUUUCCUAGAGUGUCUGUC